GGUAGAGGCAUUUAGCAGGAAUAUUAGAGAAGGAAGAUCAUGGAUAGUUGUUAGACGUUCCUGUAGAUAGAUGGAGUCAGUCACAGUCUCUCACGAAUAAUGGCUAGAAGUGUGUAUUUUAACCAUCCUAGAGUUGCAAACUAUCAUCGACACGUGACUUCGGAAAGAAUUCCAAGUCAUCCUCGAGCUCAAAAAAUGUUGUGGUAAAGGAGGAUGCCUCCUCGCGGUAGAGAGAGUAAGACUCCGGUGAUGAAGGGUCGCGCGAAGUCUUCACCCUCUGUAGUGAAGGGUCGACCUAAGUCUUCACCGGCGUCUGUUGUGAAGAGCCGACCCUCUGCUACUACGAAGGCGUCGAAAGCUGCAGGGACAACCCCUUCUGCUCGCAAUAAACGAAGUACAACCGCUGAUGGUGGCGCAGGAAAGAAGCGUCCUACGCAGGUGGCUGAGGGAGUAGAGAAGCGUGCCGAGGAAGUAGACACACCAUCCAUGAAGGCUGCGACACCCUCACCGAAGAAGGCUGCGACACCCUCACUGAAGAAGGCUGCGACGCCGUCACUGAAGAAGGCUGCGACGCCGUCAAUGAAGGUUGCCACUCCGAAAAAGACAGUAACACCGAUGAAGCAUGCGACGCCCAUGAAGAGCGGAAAGUCACCAACGCCCGGAAGGAAACUGGCGACGCCUUUGCGUGCAAAAAGAAAAGCAGAGGAAAAACAAAGUGCACGUUCCUCAAGCAAGAAAGACGCACAGAAGCACAGCAAGGCCGUGAAGAAGGAUGUAAUUCUGGUGAAUUCUUUUAUGUUUUUUCUCUCAUCACGAGAGUUGUAGUAGUACUGUAAAGUUUUACAGUUUUGACCUUGACGAUUUGUCACAUGCCUCAGUAGCAAUCUACUAUCCCUUGUUCACAUUUAAAUCGGAUCUUCAUUUUCAGUCCGCUGAGCCAGCAUAUCGUAGACGAUAUAACUGUAUACUCACCUACAUGAUCAUCAGGUAGAUACAACGAGCAGCAAGGCUGCACAGCAGUCGCUGCCGCCUCUAGAAAGUAACAUUUUAUCAGACGGCGACGGACGCAGUCAAGUCAAGGCAUCACCAGCGGAGAAGCGCAUCGAGAAAAUGCUGUCAGAAAUCAACUUCGUUUCUCCAGAAGCAAAAAGAAGAAAGAAAGGAGGUGACAGUGGUCCUUCCUCCGCUCUGAAAGGAAAAUUUGCCACACCCGAGGCCGUUCGCAGACCUCAGCUGGUGAAUCGAGACGCACAAGUUCGGCUGGGACACGGUAUAUAUCUCGCUAAGAGCGCAGCGUCACUUCGGAGUCGACCCAGCAGUCGUAGAAAUAACGCGCCCGAGAACGGUGUCGCUGCUUUGUUGAGCAGCAACAAGGCCGCGUCGUCGACCACAACUGUCGUGAACAGAGGACGAAAUAGCAGAAAGCCUACUACUAGUAAUGCUACUACUACUACUACUACUACUACUACUAUUGAACAUCACGCGUGUCAUGUUGAUCUCGGACUUUCUGAACAACGAAGACUUCUAGGAGAGGUGGUGGAAGAUUCAAACAUCAAAGGAGGUACUACAAGUAGUUCCUGGCUGCGGAGAGCGGGGGGACCGCGAGUCAAUUUCGUUGACAUUCUCGCUCCGGAAACCCUGCUUGGUCCUUCCUGCGACGUGAGCAAGGGAUUCGGAGCAUCUUCUUCUGCCGCGUCAAGUAGCAGCAGCUUCGUCGCGCCACUGGCAAAUAUCGACGGCCAAGGUAGUCGUAGAGGAGAAGCCGAAGACGAAGCAGGUCGUCUAGCAGAUGCAGAGGAUAUCGCUGCAACAAAGAAUUUAUUCGCUGCAAGAAAGGAGGAGUCAGGGGACCGCCUGCAAGAAGAAGGAGGCAGUAGCAUGACAAAAACUACAGCUAGGCAAGGAGGACAAGGAAACGAGAGCAAGAAGGUUGAUGAAACUUUUUCAAGACCCGUUGUUGAAAAGAUAAAGGAUGCAGAUGAAGCUGUGCUUGAGCGAGUGACUGACUCCGAUAAUAUCGUCGACGUGCUGUCUGACUCUGCAUCUCUGGAUUCGGUGUCCGCCAUAGACAGGUACGUGUGGUGUCGAGUACGCGCCUUACUCGAAGACGAAGCUUGCACGGAGGCAGCGUUGCAGGAGAAACACGUGGCGUUGUGGUUAUGGCCGCAUUCUGGCAAUUUGUCGUUUUUCAGAAUAGUCAAAGUCAAUGGAGUUUUUCGAAAUAGUCAAGGUUCCUUCGAUUUUCUAAUUCACACCAGCACGUUCUCCAAGGCCUACGGUGGUUUGCUCAACAAGGACGCGACCCAAGCAGUAGAGGCACGCACACAAGCAGCAGAGGCACGUACUUUUUCUCGUUUCAUCCUAGAAUUUCCACAAAUCGUGCGUGCGAAAACGUUUUCCUCCCACGCCACGUGGGACAAUCCCAAACUUCGGAAACGACUGGGCCCAGACAGCAGGCUGGCCACAGCUCACGCGAUCGCCGUUGCUCAAGUGUAUGUUCUUGUUGACGUCAAAUAAUUACUUGUCAAUUGUUCAUGAAUGGACUCAUCUACUUUCGCAAACAAUUUUCUAUCGAGGGAGCAGUACUAGAGGAUCUAGAGAAAAGCGUUAACGACCAUUGUGAUGACGAAGUUUCCCCUUUCAUUCUCGUUGCCGCGAACGGAUUCGUCGACACGACCUUCCGGUAGAGGUAGAGGCGGCGAUGAGCAGCGGUCGUAGAGGUGUCUGCCUAGUAGAGCAGCGUGAAGUUUGGACUGUGUAUGCUGCAGAAGAAGAGCGUAAUGCCGCGGGACUCUGCAGUACUACGAACAAUAAGAUGAUUCCGACUCCGGACUCCUCUUGUUCCCUAUCCGAACAAGAUCGUGGACGAGAUAGGGGAAAAGACGUUCUUGGCGCUUCGGAGGUGGAUCUAGUACUUGGCGAUUCGAACCCUUAUGCAUUUCGGUGAGUUUUGGAUCUGCAUGGUCUAUUUUCUUCUCGUAAGGUGUUCCUCGUGGUGAGCUUUAUUUUUAGGUAUUUAAGCAGUGUCUCUCUAAUAUUCCCAGUAAGAUGUGCCUCUUCUGGUAAACCUGAUAACUGUCCCUUAGCUAUAAGGUUUCAAGACAAGUGAGUCCAUGUCUACAGAAACCACAUCAGGAAGUGCAAAACGACGUAGAAAGUAGAAUCAGCCCAACACCUCUAGAAUAGGUACAAUCAUCAUCAUCAUAAAGUGAGUUCCCUUUCUUGGCUAACAAAUAAAAGCCCUAAGAUACGUUUGCAUCCGAAGAAGGGGAUAAGGCCCCGAUACGGCCAGUAAAGUCGGCAUUCGAUCGGAAUCUCGUUGCCGGGGAUAAGGAUCUGCCACCUACGAGAGCGGUCCUGCGAGACACACCGGAGCGAACGAGCGGCGUUGGCGCAACCAAGAUGGGCAAAAAGAAAAGAAAGUUGGUACUUAUAUGUUUUGUCGUUUGUUGACAGAAUGAAAAUGGAAAUAGAGGAAAAUUAGAGCAGCGGCUACCACUUCGUGUGCCUGAUUCUUCAAACCAUGAAGAUACACACCCUCUUACAGAAUCCUACGCCGCCGAUCUUCAAGACUGAUUUCGAGAGUACGGAGUGCGUAUUCAAAUGGGGAGAAUGGGACGUGGAAAAAAUUUUGAAUUAAGGCCAACAUUUAGAGUCCAUCAUUCUCAGCAUCUCGCUACCCUUUUGUUACCCUUGAAUUUCUUUCAUGGGAAAGGGGUUACCCUUCUGUUUCAGGGUUUAGGGUUUCCCCUUCAUCUAUUCUUCUCAACAUGGGAAGAUGAGAAGGGGUCGUCGAGAUGAGGGCCCGCCCGCCGAGGUGAAUAAAGGCUCACGGCUCUAAUUGAAGCAAGUCCAUGGACUAUUCGCAAAAAUUCGACACUUCUCCGAUCGGGACACAAUUGGAGAUGGGUCCACAAGCACGGCCAACAGAUCCUCAUAUGACAUGAAUUAAGAAGUCAUUGAUGAUCUAACCCUAAACUCCGGUCUGUUAGCUGCUAGUAACGAGUCUUCUAUCCUGACGACUGCAUUCAAACGAAAUAAAGAGUCCGCAAUUUGGGAGAAAGAUGCGAAAGAAGUUUGCGAAGAAGUUUGCGAAACCUACAUUCUCGAAGAAGAGGGUUGCGAAGAAGGUUUAGACAUGUAGUUUAACUUUUCUUAAAUGUUCUCAUCUAUAGAACUGGAUAGGUCUCGUUUGAGGACUCCGCGUCCGCCGGCUUCAUAUUUGCUCUGCAGCGGCAACAUCUCUCGCCGCUCGUGGUUCCGUUGAUGCCGCCUUUCGUCCGACCGCAGCCGCCUUCAGGCAUGAGCUUUCCGGAUUCGCGGAUCCUUUCGUGCAGAAAAUCUCUACGGCUGACAUGUUCGCCAAAGCGGGGAAGCUCGUGGACCUCGCACAUGUCAUCAAGCGGAUUUUGCUAGACCCGCUGCUGCUGGGUGCCUCAGCAUCGGCCGAUAGGAUACGAUCUGCACUGGCUCUCCGAGUAGACCGGCUCUUCUUCCGGAAUGAGAUGGUACUGGAGUCAAAAUAGAAACUAACUACCGACGCUCAAGCUUCACCAAAGGGUCGUGUUGAAGAUUUGGAAUUUCCGAAUGCAUAUUUCCUAGAUCGUUGCUAAGAGGAUGAAAAAUGGUGAUAAGAUAAUGUCGUGGCGAUAGAAGUAUUCUGGUUCGUUUAAUCAUAAGAACUAUGACCGAAAAAAUAUCUUCCCUAGAUUUCUGCGCAGCUCGAUUUCGCUUCGAUCUUGAUUCUGUUGGAAUCGCUUGCCGAGCACAGCCCUUUGCCACGCUUCGAUGCAGUGGCGUUUUUGCUACCUCAUAUACAUUAAGGCUGCAAGUAAAAAAAGGAGCCGCGGCCAAGAGGGAUGGUACUUACAACUUAUUAACUAGUGAUAUGUUCUUUUUUUGCCGACUCACGCCAAGGAUGCUAGUACUCAUGCGGAAAGGGCGGCCAAAAUAAAGGAUGUUCUUCUAUUAACAACACCUCACAACUAACGCCACUUACAUCGCUGCGAUCCCAAUCGGACUCUAAUUUGAAGAGCAUGUUGGGAUGGCCCGACGACAACCGCGGGAGCUUGGAGCCAUCAUUGCGCUGUUUGCACGCAGCGGACACUCACUGACACGCUACAAAAAAGUGGUCGCCUGGUUGGAAAAUCUGCAGGACGACCUGGAAGAGGAAUACCUCGACAUAAUCUUCCCAGAGGUAGAUGAUUUUUAUGCAAUCUAUCACAACAGUGCUCCUUACUUGUUUUCUCGUGGAACACAGGUUCUUCUACUUGCACGUGUGCGUUUCGAAAUCAGGGUGGGACGAGAUGUAACUAAGAGUGGAACUACGAGUGUUUGCAAGAACACUCUCUUAAGUGUACUACUAUCUAUCGGACGAGGGCUAUGAUUUUUGUUUCUAAAAAAGUGAGGACGAAGGCGUUGCUGCGGUAGCAGAAAGUGAUGAGGUCGUUGUACAUCAACGGGACGAGGUAGCUCAUCAAGUACGAGAAAGCAGUGUGAAGGCUUCUCCUGCUUCUGCGUCUUCAUCUUCUGGGAGAGGACUAGAUUGCAGCUUAGCCAAUGAUCUCCCUCGCUCCUCUGCCUCUACAGUGGGUGAGAUUGGUCUCCUCACUGACGACGAAGCCAGAGGGCGUGGGAAGCAAAUUUUUGCAAAAAAGGUUGUCGAGGAUCAUGGCCCUGUCGAAGGAGCUUCAGGGAGGAUGAAGAAGAUGACGAUGAGUACUACAAAGAACAAGAUCAACAUGUUGAAUAUUAAGGCUACUGCAUGCUAUAUGAAAGCCGUAAACAUCCUCGCGUUGGUUGCCCGUCAACAUCCUCCUUCAUCCUCCUUGGCUCUUUUAUUUUCUACUCACUUGAAGUUGGAAAUAAAGGUGCCAGCAAGGAUGUUCGUCUCAGGGAUGCGAACAGCAAGGUGGAUGUUCGCCUCAGGGAUACGAAGGCGGUAGCCCAUCUAAGAAAACAGCAAGGAAAUCGCCAAAAACACCGAUCGUAGACCCAACAUAUCUCAACCUAGUAGCUCGCAGCAUGCGUAAGCGUAGCUCGCAUCGGAGGACAGGAGGCCAGGAGCAUGACAACACUUCAUCAAAUGGUCGGCAGGCAGCGAGCGGUGGCGCAGCUUUGUGUCCUGGUGGGAGAAGCAGCGCGAAUAACCCUGCUCAGGGAGGACCUCAACUAGGCGGGGAAGAAACCUCAGACAUCAAGCGGGUCUUGCUGCCUUCUUUGGAGGAGUCGGAGCAAGAGAAACCGACAGCUGCUGAGAUCAAUCAGACGAAAAAGUCAGGAGCGCCUGAGAUUGACUUUGACGAACUAUAGGCCUACUGGCGGAUUAUCGAUAUUGUCGUAUCUUACCUGUCGAUGUCAAUAUCGUGACAUACAUGACCAUACAUUGUUAAUUGUAGUCGUGAUAGAUAGUAUGAGAAGUUGAAGCUUUGUGAUCCUUCAUAGCGGUAGGGUAGUACGAAAAGGUUUUUGAAACAAAUCCUAUAAAAUUUGGUCGUACUUGCUAGAAGGCACUAUCGAUUGAAUUUGUCGUUACACUUUCUUGGUAAGGUUGUUUGAUUUGUUUUUGUGAUUUUUUGGCUGUAGGUUUUUUCCUGAUGAACUUACACAUUCUCGUUGUAAUAGCCUGCGAUGGCGAUCACUAUUAUCUUUUCCAUGACUAGAAGAAUGAGCAGCAUGAACAUGAAGAUGAGCUGACUUUUUUGUCUCACUGUUUAUCAUGACAAACAACUCUCAAUUUGUUUUGCGGUAUAAAUUGACUGGAAGGAGGAAG